GCGCAGCAAGUUCCCCCGAAUUUUCCCCCGUCAUCCCCGGCCAGUUCCUCUGAGCCCGCAACGCGCUCACGCAAUACGUUUAUAGGCAGCCGGCCGCGGCAUUCAUUCAUUACUGGCGCCGUCCGAGUCGCGGCGAUGGAGGCGCACAGGCGGUGGGACACGUCGGGGAGCGGGUCGCGGUACAGCUUCAGGACGUCGGUGAGCAGCCUCGCGGACCUCGGCGGCGAGAUUGUGGAGGCGGAGGCGGAGGCGGGGCGGGCCGCCGCGGACAGGGUGUUCGUGGCCGUCCCCGGAGAGGUCAAGCACGGGAAGAGCACCCUGCAGUGGGCGCUGCAGAACCUGGCCAAGGACGGCGCGCAGGUCGUGGUGGCCCACGUCCACCGCCCCGCGCAGAUGAUCCCCAUGAUGGGAGCAAAAAUGCACUAUACCAGGCUGGAUCCGGAACAGGUCAAGGACUACAGAAAGCAGGAGCUAGAAAAGGCAUUGGAAAGGCUAGAAGAAUAUGUUGUGAUAUGCACAAUACUCAAGGUCAACUGUGAGAAGAUAAUAAUUGAGAAAGAUGAUGUUGCUAAAGGACUUGAGGAGCUUAUUGUCCUUCAUGGCAUCACCAGACUUGUCAUGGGAGCAGCUGCAGACAAACAUUACUCAAAGAAAAUGAAAAGACCAAAGUCCAAGACAGCACUCAGACUAAUGGAGGCAGAAGCCUCACCAUGUAAGAUAUGGUUUACUUGUAAAGGAGAACUGAUAUGUACCAGGGAAGCAAACACAACCAUUCCCAUGAUACCACCAUCACCUGCAUCGACAGUUGCAUCAACAUUAUCAGCAAGCAGCAUUUCCAGCCGCAUGAGAUCGAUUACGAUCCACCACUCAGAGAGUGAAGCACCAAGCUCAAAUGGAAGUCCACAGCAGAAUCUGAACAGAUCGAGAACAGAAGUGAUGCGACAUCACUCUCGAGGAGCUGGCGGUACGCCACCUCAGCUAUUUGAACCUUUGGAACUCAAUGCGAAUGCCAGGCCAACAAGAACACCAUUGAGUUCUAUGGAUUCCUGGGAUGAAUUUGGGAGGAGAUCACAAAGCUCCUGGUACAAUCUAUCAAGGAACUAUGAUGCAAUCAGUGUCUCCGAAUCAGCAACACAUCAUCCAAUGCACGAGUCUGACGAUGACCGCUUUUCAUCUCCUUUUCAUGAGCUGGAGAAUCCAGGUGCUGAUGCGGAAAUGUACAGUAGACUUGAGGAGGCUCUCCGCGAAACUCAAGAAUCGAAGAAAGAGGUGUUCGAAGAAUCAACCAAGCGCCGAAAAGCCGAACUUGAUCUGCUUUCAGCUCUUCAAAAGGCCAAGGAGUUGGAGAAGUUGUAUCAUCACGAGCUAAGACAGAGAAAAACAAUCGAGGAGACACUCGUGAGACAGGCGCAGGAGCUCGAAGCAACGAAAAUUCAGUGUGACACGAUAUACGACCAACUACAUGAUGCAGAAGAACAGAAGGCCGUGUUGGAGCAGCGCAUGACCGAGAUGGAGUCUGCUCUUAGAGAUGGCGAGGAGAAGCUGGCCACAAGCAAGUGCCUUCUCGAAGCUCUCCAAGCAGACAAAGAGAAUCUGCAACAAGAGAGAGAUGCCGCGGCUGAAGAGUUGCGCCAGAAGAGCGAGCAGAGAAUUUCUAUGGCGACUGAAGCAUUGAACACCGAGUUCUCCGCCGUUGAGCUCGAGCAGGCAACUCGGAGCUUUGACGAAGCGCUCAAGAUCGGCGAGGGCGGGUUCGGGUGUGUCUACAAAGGCUCACUUCGCAGCACAACCGUGGCUAUAAAGCUGUUGCACCCGAAAAGCUUGCAGGGCCAGUCAGAGUUCAACCAAGAGGUUGCUGUCCUCGGCAGAGUAAGGCACCCGAACCUCGUCGCGCUGAUCGGGUCGUGCCGGGAGGCGUUCGGCCUGGUCUAUGAGUACCUCCCGAACGGCAGCCUCGAGGACCGGCUCGCGUGCGCGGGCGACACGCCGCCGUUGACAUGGCAGGUGCGCACCAGGAUCAUCUACGAGAUGUGCUCGGCCCUGACGUUCCUGCACUCGAACAAGCCGCACCCGGUGGUUCACGGCGACCUGAAGCCGGCCAACAUCCUCCUGGACGCCAACCUGGUGAGCAAGCUGGGGGACUUCGGCAUCUGCCGCCUCCUGACGCAGUCCGGCACCUCCACCGCCGCCACCACGCUGUACCGGACGACCACGCCGAGGGGCACCUUCGCGUACAUGGACCCGGAGUUCCUGUCGUCCGGCGAGCUGACGCCGCGCUCCGACGUCUACUCCCUGGGCAUCAUCAUCCUGCAGCUCCUGACGGGCAGGCGGCCACAGAAGAUCGCCGAGGUGGUGGAGGACGCGGUGGAGAAGGGGGAGCUGCACACCGUCCUCGACACCUCCGCGGGGGCCUGGCCGUUCGUGCAGGCCAACCAGCUCGCGCACCUCGGCCUGCGGUGCGCCGAGAUGAGCAGGAGGCGCCGCCCAGACCUCGCCCGGGAGGUGUGGACCGUGGUCGAGCCCCUGAUGAAGGCCGCCUCGCUGACCGCCCGGCGGCCGACGUUCGCCCCUUCGCCGGACGAGGCCUCCACGCCGUCCUACUUCGUCUGCCCGAUCUUCCAGGAGAUGAUGAGUGAUCCGCACAUCGCGGCGGACGGGUUCACGUACGAAGCAGAGGCGAUCAGAGGGUGGCUGGACAGCGGGCACGACACGUCGCCGAUGACGAACCUGAAGCUCGCGCACCGCGAGCUCACCCCGAACAGGGGGCUCCGCUCGGUGAUUCUCGAGUGGCAGCUACAACAUCAGCGGUACCAUGAGGACUGGAGAUGACCAAUCCUUGAACACGCACGAAAUCCUGUAAAUGGUGUACAUAAAAGUUUGAAUCCAACAAAAUUGUUUGGAAGGGACGGAUUUACCGAUAGUGAUCUGGAAAAA